UUAUGUAUUCGAUAUUUUGGUCAUAAACGCUUUUCAUAGCGUAAAAUUUAGCAGCCACUUUCAUGCUUCGCCUUUAAACCAGCGACGUCUCUUUUGGCCCUCCAGCUCUCCGUACAAAAACAAACAUGGCGUCUUCCUUGGACGUUCACGUCCGAAUAUGUGGACAAGAAAUUAUAAAAUAUGACCUAGAAAUUAAAGCGCUCAUUCAGGACAUCAGGGAUUGCCCUGGACCUCAAUAUGCUCUCAUGGAACUUAACUCUGAGGUCAAACAGAAGUUCAACAAGCUCAGACUUAGAAUUCAAGAUCUAGAGCAGAUGGCCAAAGAACAAGACAGAGAGAUGGACAGACAGACCAUCCAGGCAGAGACUGAGAGCCAUCGAAGACAAAUGCUAAGUAACCAGACGGCAUGGAGAAAAGCAAACCUGGCUUGUAAAGUGGCUAUUGACAACAUGGAGAAGGAUACGCUGCUACAUGGGGGAGACAGCCCAAGCACCAGACAGAGGAAGGUGACCAAAGAAAGCCUAGUAGAAACCAGCAGCAACAUCACAGAGAGUCUGAUGUCCAUCAGCAGGAUGAUGGCUGAGCAAGUCAAGCAGAGUGAAGACAGCAUCGGCACUCUGGUCACCUCAUCCAGGACGGUGCAAGAAACAAACGAGGAGUUCAAAAGCAUGACGGGAACCAUCCACCUAGGGAGGAAGCUGAUCCUCAAGUACAACCGGCGGGAGCUGACGGACAAGUUGCUCAUUUUCUGGCCCUGGCCCUUCUUCUUCGCCACCGUCCUCUACAUCCUUAAGAAACGUCUCCUCUAUUUUAUUUAGCUCGCAGGUCAGCACUCUGUUAGUUCACACAUCUGGACUUUAGGAGGGAGGUUUUCUCUAUACCUUUCUCUGCAGCAAAGAAGCUGGACUGCUGCACAUUUGUAGGCCAUGUACCCAGAAUAAGGGCGUUCAGUCAGAUUUUCAGACUACUGGUCUUCUAAUAGGUGUCUGCCGUGUUCAAAGUAUGUUCUGUUAAAUAGAAUGUCUCUUUGUGUAGCAUUAAAUAAUGUAAUGUUGGGGAGAGUUGUUACCACAGCUUAAUACUUGAUGAUCAACUGUUACCACUAAUUACCACACUUCUUCUGUUCAGUGACAUCAUUGUAGUUUUAAUUGUAAUCAAUAUUGUGUACAAAUGCAUUUCUAGAUUCAAUUAAAAAAACAUACAAAA